GACCGGAAGCCACGCGCUCGCGCCCGUCUCGACCGGCGGCUUGUCACGUGACAGAACGGAGGCAGACGAGACGGGGCGCGUGCGUACAUGAAGGCACAUAUCGCAUAUAUAAGUUGCUGCAGCGGAACCGCACUCAGCAGUAGAUCAUCGGAGUUGUCCAUCAUCACGCUGUCAUGGAGUUCCGCACGUUGUUCCUGAUCUGCUUGGUCGUCCUUGUCGGAACAUUGGCGUGUGUCCAGGCGGCCUGCCCGAGCAACCGCGGUGUGGUCAGCGAUUGCCUGUAUUCUACCUGCACGAAGAGCGAGUGCGAGACCCGAGGCCUCGAGUGCUGCCCCAAGCCCUGCGGCGGAACUUGGUGUGUCAAGGGUGUCGUCGACGGCAUCACUUUCGGCUCGCCCUGUCCCCAGUUUCUACCUCCACAAGGGGGCUGCCAGCCCCGACAGAGCAACGAGACGUGCGAGGACUUGCGCUGCACCUCGGGCUCGCAGAGGGUGUGCUGUCUGAGAGCCUGCGGAGACCCCUUCUGCUUCCCGUACGCGGAAAACUGAUCGCAGUCCUGUGCCGACGUUUCUUGGUAUAAAUAAAAAAAAAAAAUUGGUUUGUGUGUAUGUUUAUACAGCCUA